UGCAACCCUUCCCUACUGCAGGGGGAAUUCACGUACCAGGAAGCCUCACAAAGAGGGACGAACACCCUCCUUCAUCUGCCGUACCCGCAGGCGCAGUGCCAGUUCUACAACCACAUCUACAAACGCCAACUCCUGGUUGAAAGGCGAGUUGCACAUCACCUUGGGCUACCCUCCUCUUCACCAUGCCAUUUAUCACAUGUAGAAGAUCAGAUAUAUGGCAGCUUCAAUCUAUGUGUCCUGCUGACCAUUGCAAACUCGAAACGCGUCCAUUCGAUUUCCGCUCCCUUGCCGUGUGAAUGAUCAAAACGACCCCAGAAAUGGUGAUGAGAAGCUCCGGUGCUAGGCUACAACCUAUACGUGGAUUUCGGAGACUUGCCCUGGUGUGUCGGUUCCUCAUCCCUAUGGCUUUGCACUCUCAGGUGGUCAAUAUAUACAUUUU